GACCUUCAUAAUACCCGCCUGCAUUGCUUCUAAGCUUUACGGAUGUUCUCAGCAUUAUGUAGGAGGGGAUUCUUGACUACCAAGGUGUUACAAUUUAGAAGUACAUACAAAUGUGAUCAUUAUAACCUCAAAACUCAUAUCAAGCCUUUAAAAUGUAUUUCAUCACUGAGGCUUACUGUUGGCACUGGACUUUUCAUUGCUCUUCAUUCAAAGAUAUCUCCUGAAUCCCGGAUUCAAGUUGUGCAAUGUGAAGUUGACAGUUAUCAUACAGAUCAGAUCACGACUACAGAAAGUGGAGGAAUACCUCGGUACAUUGGAGCACUGAUACUUCCUGAUUGUGUGUAUUUAUUCGGUGCCAUUCUGGUAUAUCAGAUUGAAAUUCCAGCCUAUUGUAAUUAGGGUGCAUUUGUAGCUGCAAUUAUGAACGUUUACAUACCACUUUACCUUGGGGAUUUCGUUAGUUCACUGUCAAGAUGCGUUGUGACUCACGAAGGGUUCGUUUCUGCUGUGUAUGUUCCUACACUUAGACUGUGCUCUUCCUAUAUACUACAGUCACUAUCCACAUUCUUGUACAUUGGACUAUUGGGAUCUGUCGGUGAACGUAUGGCUAAACGCAUGCGGAUUCAAUUAUUCCGAAAGUUAGUCUAUCAAGAUAUAGCCUACUUUGAUGUACAUAGUUCUGGAAAAUUGGUAGAAAUUAUUGGAUCAGAUGUACAAAACUUUAAAAGUUCAUUCAAACAAUGUAUUUCACAAGGUUUACGUAAUGGGAUUCAAGUUGUUGGAUCUGUAUUUGCAUUAUUAAGCAUAUCGCCUACUUUAACAGCUGCACUUCUUGGUUGUUUACCAUGUGUUUUUUUAAUUGGAAGUUUAAUGGGCACUGAACUUCGUCAUAUUAGUCGUGAGGUUCAAUCACAAAAUUCUCUACUCGCUUCGUUAACUGAUGAGGUGUUUAGUCAUAUACGAACAGUGAAAUCUUUGACAAUGGAAGAUUUCUUAAUUGAUAAAGUAAAUUAUAAUGUGAAUAAAUCUAAAAUGUUAAAUGAAAAACUUUCUUUUGGAAUUGGUUCAUUUCAAGGUCUUUCCAAUUUAACAUUAAAUGGUGUUGUUCUUGGAGUACUGUAUGUCGGAGGUCAUCUAAUGUCUCGGGGUGAAUUAGACGCUGGACAUUUAAUGUCAUUCCUAGCUACUACACAAACGUUACAACGUUCACUUACUCAAUUAUCCUUACUAUAUGGACAAGUAGUUCGUGGAUAUACGGCAUUAAAACGUAUUCAUGAUAUAUUGGCAUUGCCUGACGGAAUUGGUUGUAUACCAUCAUCAUCUUCAUCGUUAGUGGUUAGUAAGCAACAUUUGACCAACAUGAAAGAAUUACAAUAUCUUUCGUCAUACUCUGCACCAAGUAUAGAAUUUUCCGAUGUCAAAUUUGCUUAUCCGAAUCGUCCGGAAACCAUUGUAUUAAAUGAAUUGUCAAUGUUUUUACCAGGUGGUAAAGUGAUCGCUCUGGUUGGUCAGUCUGGUGCAGGUAAAUCUACUGUUGUCUCUUUACUGGAACGUUUCUAUGAUCCAAUAUCUGGAGAAAUUUUAUUAAAUAAUUGUAAACUAACUAAUUUCAAUGUGAAUUAUUUACGUAGUAAAUUAAUUGGAUAUAUUAGUCAAGAACCUCAAAUAUUCAAUGCAUCAAUAAGAGAGAAUAUACGAUUUGGUCGUUUUGAUGCUACUGAUGAAGAGGUUGAAGAGGCAGCUAAAUUAGCUUAUGCUCAUGAAUUCAUUUCAAAUGAUUUACCAUAUGGUUAUGAUACACCAGUUGGUCAAGGUACUGGUACGACAGCUGGUUUAAGUGGUGGUCAACGUCAACGAAUUGCAAUAGCACGUAUCUUAUUGAAAAAUGCACCAAUUCUAUUAAUGGAUGAAGCUACAUCAGCUUUAGAUACUGAAUCUGAAGCCAAAGUACAAAAUGCAUUAAAUAAUGCAAUGAAAGGUCGUACAGUUCUAAUUAUUGCUCAUCGAUUAAGUACAGUACGUAAAGCUGAUCUAAUUCUAGUUAUGUCUAGAGGGCAAAUAGUUGAGAAGGGAACUCAUUCAGAAUUAAUGGCUAAUCAUGGUUACUAUUAUAAUCUUGUACAGAGACAAGAAGGUUGUGAUGUAUUCGAGUAGAUAAUUUAGUAAUUUUUUCUCAUUUUGUUUUUAUUUCCCCUCCCCCUUUCUUUUGUAUGCUCCCUUGAAUUUUUCUUGAAAAUAUAUUAUUUCUUUGAACAACUCGAA